GUCUCUAGAACGAGCCCCCACCGUGUCUCCCAAGCCCUGCUCGCGAGCAGGAGGCUUUCGCUAACUCCUAACCCCUGGCUUGCGCCGCGGCCUGCCUGGGAUCACCCUGUAGCUACCGGCGAGAUGCUGGAGGUCUGCCUAACCAGAAUACGGGACAGUUGGUGCAGGCUAACAGUCUGACAACUUGAACUUUUCCUAGGGAUUCCUGACGGCCCCUUAGGUCAUAUUGAUCAUUUCUUCUGAGACUUCUUGCGCUUAUCGCUGAAAUAAAAGCAGUAUUUCCCCCCCCAGUUUCCUUUUAGGACGUUAUGACUUUUCUCCUUCACAAGACAGUUCUAGAGACUGUCGGAACGACAGACUCUUUCCACUCCCAGGCACUGUGUUGUCUUCAGGAGUUUGGAGUCAAGGGCAGCGAAUGAGAAGGCCCUGUCUGCAUCCUGUCCUCAACAUCUUCAGAAGAACUUCGUUUAGCAUUUAGAAAGACCUCUCCAGGGCCAUGAUCCCUCAGGCUUGAGCUGUUUACAAGGAGAGAGAAGCUGUCUCCUGAGCCCCAAAAUGGCAGCUAAGAUGGAGAUAACUUUGAGCUCUCAGACCCACAUUCAGGCUUCCUCCAAGCAAGAGAGACACAUCAUAACAAAGCUAGAAGAGAAGCCGGGGAUGGCUCUGCAAAAAGGCUGCCCCGAUCCUGAGGUCUCCCGCCAGAGCUUUAGACGGUUUUGUUAUCAAGAGGUGUCUGGACCCCAAGAGGCACUCUCCAGGCUCAGACAGCUCUGCCGGCAGUGGCUGCAGCCAGAGAUGCAUACCAAAGAGCAGAUUUUGGAGCUGCUUGUGCUGGAGCAGUUUCUGAACAUCCUGCCCCCAGAGAUCCAGACUCGGGUCAGGCAUCGAUGUCCAAUGAGCAGCAAGGAGAUGGUGACUCUGGUGGAAGAUUUUCACAGAGCAGCCAAGAGACCAAAGCAGUGGGUGGCCGUUUGUAUGCAAGGGCAGAAGGUGCUCUUGGAGAAAACUGGAUCCCAGCUGGGAGAACAGGAACUGCCAGAUUUGCAACUGCAGACUCCUAGGAGAUAUCCUAGGGAGAGCUGUCUGGAAGAGGCUUCCCAGGCAGGACUUCAGGACCAGCUUAGCCCUCAUCAUUGGGGAAAAUCCCCUCUCCUUCUGGAACCAGCCACCAAAUUGGCUGGGGCAGAGGCCCCCAGAACCAAAAGUGAGAACAAGGAGAAUCCACAACAGGAGGGGGGUAAAGGAGCAAAGCCAUGUGCAAUGUCACCCAGCAGAUCCAAAGGGAAUGGUCUGCAGAAUCCUGAACCCAGAGGGGCGAAUAUGAGUGAAUCCCGGUUGUCACGGAGGCAGGUCAGCCCCCCAAAUGCUCAAAAGCCAUUCACUCAUUUCCAGAGACAUUGCCGGGAACUGGAAUAUAUCAGCAGCUCCCUAAAAAGCCAUCCACUGAGAGAGCUGAAGAAAAGCAAAGGAAGUAAAAGAAGCCUAAGCAGUCGUUUGCAACGUCUUAGUCACCAGACGACCCACUCAGUGAAGAAACCUUACAAAUGUGAUGACUGUGGGAAAAGCUUCACAUGGAAUUCAGAGCUGAAAAGACACAAGCGAGUCCACACAGGGGAGAGACCCUACACAUGUGGAGAGUGUGGAAACUGCUUUGGGCGGCAAUCAACUCUGAAACUGCAUCAGCGGAUCCACACUGGAGAGAAGCCAUACCAGUGCAGCCAGUGUGGGAAAAGCUUUCGCCAGAGCUCAAAUCUUCACCAGCAUCACAGGCUUCAUCAUGGGGACUGAAAGCAGAGCUUUGGUUUUCCUGUUCAGAAGGAAGGCAUUUAUUUGUGUUUCUCCUUCCCCUUAAUUGCACAUAAAUCACAAAGACUGUCUGCAUGACUUACAAGGAAAGCAAGAGGUCCCUGAGGAAUGAUGGUGCACAUUUCAAUGUUGAGGGAUCCCAGACCAUGCACAGUGACAGGAUAAAGAAAUGGCAUGUCUGAGCAGUGGUUGAAAGGGAACUGGAGUGUCUGUUGGAGAGUGGGGUUUAACUACUGAGGGAGCAUCAGUAUGAUCCUGCAGGUGUCCCCACCCCAUGUUAAAUAUUUCCUGCACUACUUUAUUUAUCCUCAAAGAUAUAUUCUAUAUAUAGUUAUACAUUUGCUAUUAUAUCAGGCAAUCUUUAUCAUGCAUACACUUCUUUAAUAAAGAUGGGUGAUACACAAGAGUUUCAAGGCAGAAGUUCAUUGGAAUAUAAAUCCCCUAGUAUUCGUUAUGAAAUUCCUGGCUGUUCAUAACAAAGGAUACAUGAAGGGAGAAUAUGAACAUGUUUGUGUGAGGAGAGGGUUUCCAGGUAAUUGGACAGUGCUGUUAAUAAAAUAAAUAAACACACACACACAUAUUGAGGGAUCUUUUUAUAUCAAAGCACCCUUGAUUUGGAAAAAGAAAAUCUAUACAGCUGCUGCAACCCGGCCCAAGCCAUAGGGAAAAGCUACAACCAGAAGCAAGUAGUGGAUAUAGACUGCUAAGAAGAUGUCAAAGGGAAUCCUUACUAUCCUUUCUCACUUAGUCCAGUAGCUUUAAUAACAAAAUGAUUGGGGUAAUGAAAGUGUCCUAAAACUGGAUCAGUUCAGUACAUUCAUAAAAAUGAUUGAAAUGGAUUAACUGUAUGAUAUGUAAUUUAAGCCAAUAUGAAGUUUCUAAAAAUGACAAUAUAUAAAACGUUAAAGUCCUGGAACUAGGCCUGAGAGAUCAUCUAAUCCCAUCCCUUUAUUCUCUCAAAGUAGAAAUUAAAAUCUAAUCAUUAUACAAUUUUUAUUCACCCUGGGCAAGCCAGCUGAUCUCUGAGAUGAGAGAAAACUUUUGGUAGAUGGGUGCACUACCUCAAGCAUCGAUAUCCUAAAGUCACUACCAGUCACCGCAGGGCUGUGACCUGAGCUGUCGUUACCCCUCUCCAGCAGAGGGUCAAGUGCACACACCUGCAUCCCUGCCUUCCAGGUAUUUGCACAGUUUCCUUUGUCCUUAGGACCUGCCACUCCCAGUUCCCUCCUCUCUCAUCUCAAGAGUUGCCUGUUCUGCAAAGCCUUCUCUGGCAAGUUCUAGGCAUACUUAGACUUAAUGGCAUGUCACUCCCUGCUCUACUCUGCACACCAGUGGUGCUCAAACUGGGAGUACGUUUUGCCCCCCAGAGGACAUUUGGCAAUGUCUGGAAACAUUGUUGGUUGUGACCUGGGGGAAGGAAAGAUAGUUCCUGGCUCCUAGUGGUAGAGACCAGGAGUAUGGCUAAACACCCUACAGUGCACAGGAUGACCCCAACAACAGAAUUAUCUGAUCCAAAAUGUCAAUAGUGCUAAGGUUGGGGAACUGCACCAUACACAAAAAAGGUCUUUAAGGACAAGAACCUUGUUUUACCACCAUUUUAGCUGUUGGACUUAGCCCAUAUGCAGCCAAGAGAAAUAAAAAAAUAGGUGUCAGUAACUGAAUAGCUAAAGGCCGCUGCUUUACCCUCAAGGUCCAUUUCUGCCUGAAUCAGAGAUCCUGGUGACAAUCUGUUGAAUGCAGUGGAUGAAGCCUCUUGUCUUUGGGGCAGAGGUGGACUUAAUGGAAGUCCAGUGGCCUUUGUCAUAACUUUUGGUGGCCCUUUAGACUAAUCCAUGGUCUCCUCCCCAAUAACUAUAUUAGAUAUUAGAAGAGUUUAUCUGCAUUAUUAGGCCUGGACCAUCUGGUGCCUCACUCCUAUCUGGUGCCUCUCACUGGUUAGGGCCUCUUGGUUUCUCAUUCUGUUCCUACCUUGCCCCUCUCUUUUCCACACCAAUUUCAUUGUGUUUGGGUUUUUUUUAAAUAUAUCUUUAUUGAUUUCGGAGAGGGCAAAGGAGAGGGAG